AUGCUGCCCAAACGAAAUGCUGUCGGUCGAAUACCGGUGCACAUUCGACCAGUGUUUUCCCCACGGGCCGCCGGCCCAAGCACCAUACACCUGCGACCAUUUACCAAUCGCACACGACUACUCCUGCUCUCACAACCAUCGGGUCGCCCGCAACUGUCUUUCCUGUCACCAUUAGCACCUACACGCCCACUUCCCCCUCUAUCAAGACAUUUACGCCAGCACUUUGCGCGACUCAUCUCCACUGAAAGUCAAUCCCACUUUAAAAAGCGCUUCUCUCGCGUCACCAAGCUCUCCAUCACCUUUUUUUCUAUGAUCGUUCUGUACCAGGUCAUCCAACUCGGCAUCUAUCAAGAAGACAUUGAGCAUCAAUGGCCUACACCUCCAGAAUGGACGCUGAAAUCUCGCUGGUGUCUGCGCACUGCACAGGCUCUGCAGCACCCUGAAUACAUCGGCAAGCUGAUGACCGAUUGGCCCAUGGUUCACGGGUUCCUGAAGGAGUUGGUGACACGCCUGGAGGACAUGGAAGGUGAAGGCAAGGGAGUCGUGGAACAGGAUGAGGGCGGAAUUCUGGUCGAGGGCAUCGGUCGUACCGGCCUCGAUAUCUCGAUGAAAAGCGAGCCUUGGCGCCGUGGUUAUUUCCAAGCUCUUAUGGGGCUUGGAAAGGCUGCCGAGAACCUGGACGGUUGGUUAACUGACCGCAAGCAGAGAAUUUCUGCGCCAGCGGAGUAUGUUGUUGGUCCCUCGAACCCCCGGCCCAGGCCUGUCCCUGCGGGUGCUCAGACACCCCGGGAGGAAGACUGUGAAUUGGCAUCUCCUCCACCUGAGACCUUUUAUAUGAAGAUCUUGACAACCAAGGGCUUCGAUACCCGACAAAAACUCGAUGCUGCCCUUGCGUAUGCAGAUUGGCUCGAUUCCAAGGGCCUGGGUUCCACUGCUGGUGACAUGUACACCUGGGCCCUGGACUUUGCUGCUGGUGGCUUGGAAGGCGAUGUGAGCAAGGUCAUCGAUCUCAAGACUGGAAUUUUGAAGAACGGUCCGGAGCUGCCUUCUGAGAAUCUCAUCCGUGUAUCGACCGCUCUUGCUGUGCACAAUGCCAAGCAGGGGAACCUCCCAACUGCGCUUUCCCUCUUCACAUCUGUUCUUAAGGCCCGAAGGAGCCUGCCUAUCACCCCUGAUUUCCAACGCCCUCCACCUCUCCCCUCUUUCAAAGCAUCCAACGACAUUUUCUCUUCCUUCUUCAAAUCCAUCAAAACCGUCCUUGUUCCUGUGGAAUACCCUAAACCCUUACCUUCCGGUGAUGCGCCUCCUCUUCGCACACCAAGUUCUGCCUGUGAUGAGGCUGGCCUCAUGACUUACAUCGGCGAAAUUAUCUACGCUUCAUCAUCCCGCGAGCAAGGCCUCGCCUGGACGCGCGACGCAGUUGAGAUGGCUGAGACAACCAUGCUGGACCGCAGCAACUCGGAAGACCAAGAAACACGCACACGAUGCGCGCAGUGUCUGAAGGUCAGCCUUGAGAACUGGAAGGUCAUGAUAGCAACCCUUGUGAAGCGUGCCAAGAAGGAAGAAGAAGAGAGUAUUAAAAAUGCAAAGAAAGCCUGGUAUGGUGGCGAGAGUGCUGUCAAGGCCAAGACUGCUGAGUUGCGCCGCUGGCAGGCCGAGGAGGCUAUUCUUGAGGAUCGGAUCCGCAAACUCUUCCCUUUGCUUGAAGGGGAGUCUGGCUUGGAUAACCUUGCCCCGAACAGUUCCCUUUUCGUGUAA